AUGUCGCCCAAGGAUUUGUGCACGCUUAAUUUUUUAGAUCAGGUCGUGGAUUCGGGGGUUAAGGUACUCAAAAUAGAAGGUCGAGGACGGGCACCCGAAUAUGUGGCCACCGUAACCAAAGCCUAUAGAGAGGCCAUAGACGCCAUCGCCAACGGAACAUUUACCCAAGAUAAAAUAGAGGCGUGGAUGGGGCAACUAGAAACGGUUUAUAAUAGAGGGUUUUGGAGCGGAUAUUAUUUGGGUCAAGAAUUGGGAGAAUGGUCUAAGAGCAAUGGGUCCAUGGCCACUCAAAAGAAGGUAUAUGUGGGCAAAGGCCGACAUUUUUAUCCCAAAAGCGAUAUAGGCGAGUUUUUAAUUGAAGCAUAUGAUGUAUCGUUGGGCGAUGCAUUGCUUAUUACAGGCCCUACAACAGGGGCUCAAGAAGUCAAACUGGAGGCUAUGAUGGUGAACGACCAAACGGCCCAAGUGGCCAAGAAAGGCGAU